UACAAAACCUCGCCCUCAACCCCGCGCGCCUCACAUAUGCUUGUUUAUUCAGUUCCACCUGCUGUCUGCCUGAUUACUUACUCAUUUCCUCUAUUACGUCUGGGAGUUGUAUACGCACGGGUCCUGAUAAGGAGCAACAAUAAUCCCGUAGAUAAGGGUCACUGGCUGUGCGCUCCGCCUAUCUCGUACAGAAAGACCACAAAACUACUUGCGCUUGCUGUCGUUGCCUGUAAAUACUUCUACCUCCAAAUGCCUGAAACAGAGAUUUCACUGGGUAACAUUCACGUCAACGAUGUGGCAGACGGAAAAAUUUACGAGAGCAAUUCCACAGGAAAAGAACCUAAGGCCUCCACGACGAAGUCACGAGGAGCUGUUUUGUACAGAGUGAACGACACGCCUCCUUGGUACUUGUGUCUCAUCCUUGGAUUUCAGCACUACUUGACCAUGAUGGGUGCCACGAUGACGUACCCGUUUGUAUUGACGCCCAAGCUAUGCAUCGCCGAAGACGACCCCGCCAGGGGUCACAUCCAGUCCACCAUUUUCUUCGUCUCUGGCAUUGGAACGCUGCUGCAAUCGACGCUUGGUGUGCGCCUUCCAAUCAUCCAGGGUUCUACGUUUGCACACAUGGUGCCAAUCCUUGCUGUGCUCUCUCUGCCACAGUGGCGGUGUCCAGAAGACAUAAGCUUAAAAUGGGGCGGCAACAGCACGGGUACAGAAGAGCUGUGGCAGCCUCGGAUGCGGGAAAUUCAGGGAGCGAUACUUGUGGGCUCGUGCUUCGAAGUAUUCGCCGGCCUGACGGGUCUCAUCGGCAUUCUUCUGCGCUGGAUCACUCCUUUGGGAAUCACACCCACCAUAACGCUUAUGGGUCUCUCACUUUUCCCUGAGGCAGCGCGUCAUGCUUCACGCAACUGGGCCGUUGCGUUCGGAACAGUUAUUCUCAUAACCAUGUUCUCGCAAUACCUGAGGAACGUACGCAUCCCUCUGCUAUGCACGCGACGGAAGCUGAAGGGAGAAGCACCACAACGGCGCAAGAGGUUCGCACUCUUCAUGCUGUUUCCAGUCAUCUUGGCAGUAAUUACCAUGUGGCUCGUGUGCUGGGGCUUGACAGCAACGAACACCUUUGGCUCCGACAGUGCGGCUCGGACAGACAUCAAGAUGAGGGCCGUGCACGGGAGCUCUUGGUUCAGAUUUCCAUAUCCGCUACAAUGGGGUAUUCCAACGGUCAGCACAGGAGCUGUUGUUGGCCUUCUUGCUGGCGUGCUGAUCUCCAUAGUAGAAUCAGUGGGAGACUACCACGCUUGCGCAAGGCUCUCCGGUGCUCCACCUCCCCCGGUAAACGCAGUCAACAGAGGAAUCUUCAUGGAGGGCGUCGGUUCUAUCCUGGCCGCUCUGUGGGGCUCAGGAUGUGGUCUUACAUCGUAUUCAGAAAACAUCGGCGCGAUCGGCAUUACUAAGGUGGCGAGUCGUCGAGUGAUCCAGUACACUGCCGGUGUGCUUUUAGUGCUGGGCACACUGGGUAAGAUGGGAGCUUUCCUUGUCACCAUACCAGAGCCGAUCGUGGGUGGGACCUUCAUCGUCAUGUUCAGCAUCGUAUCAGCUGCAGGCCUAUCGAACCUGCAGUUCGUGAAUCUCAAUUCUACACGGAAUCUCUUCGUCCUGGGAACGUCCCUUUUCCUGGGACUCUGUGUGCCAUUGUGGGUCGAGCAUAAUACAGAUGUCAUCGACACCGGAAGCUCCGACUUGGACCAAGUGAUCAAUGUGCUGCUGAGGACCAGCACAUUCGUUGGCGGUCUCGUAGGGAUAUUACUGGACAACACCAUACCAGGAACGCCAGAGGAACGCGGUCUUCAUUCCUGGAGAUCAAACUCUGAAGAAGGAGCAUCAGACGAGGGCACGUCCUCCUGUACCAUGGACGAAUGUUAUGACCCUCCCGGUGUGGCUUUUCUACGUAGACUGCCAUCCACACGCUAUGUUCCCAUCAGCCCUACCUUCAGGGAGGGCAUUUUGACCGGCAGCAUCAAAAGAUGCUUCACCUGCAAGAAAUCUGCCAGUGUAGAAAUGCUACCAACAUGAUAUGUGCAUGUA